AUGGAGGAGCUUUUAUGUGGGGAUCUUGCUAAAGAAUCAAGUAUGGAAGAUGUAGGCUUGAUUUUUCAACUCUGCUGGGCGAUUUGGAAGGCAAGAAAUGGCUUUAUUUUCAAUAAGCAGCCACCUAAUCCGGAAGACACAAUUCGGAAAGCCAAUGGCGCUAAUAUAGACUACCUACGCGCAAUGGUGCCAAAUACUAAUGGGAACCAAGACAGAGUGAGUCGUGUGAUGGGGUGGGUUCCCCCCCUUGUUUCUGCUAUCAAAUUUAAUAUCGACGGAGCUUUUUCUUCCUCCCGCAGCCAGGCUGCCUUUGGCAUUAUUGCUAGAGAUAGUGGUGGAACAGCUCUCAUUUGGCGUUUCGGUAAAGUGGAGGUAAGGUCAGCUUUGGUCAUUGAAGCUUGGGCUUUGCGUAUUGCGUGUGCUAUGGCAUUAGAGCUGGGCUUUACGGUGGUUACGUUCGAAUCGGACUGCAAAAUUCUGAUAAAUUGCAUCAACGAGCCAAAGAAGUUGUGCCCUUGGGAGAUUGCUGCUCUGGUAGAUGAUAUUAAGAGUUGGGCUGCAACGAGACAAUGGGCCUUCGUGUGGUGCUGCCGGGAACAAAAUAGGAGUGCUCACUGGCUAGCUUCUAACUGUCUAAAUAGGAAAAUUUUGGUUAAUACGGGUUGUAUUCCGCCCGGUCUUAGGUCUCUCUUAGAUAGAGAGUCCCAUUCUUUGUAG